AUGAGUACUCUAGCAACACAAUUUGUAACAAUUGUGACAUUGCUUCUUGUGUUGCUAAUCAAAAUUGAUGGAGAUUCAAUUUCACCAAUUCCAAAUGAUGAAGUGAACAAAAAUUCCACCACCAACAUUGUUGCGGAAGUUGGUGUGGAUCAAAUAGACCCAGUUGAUUGCACUAAUAGACCAGAGAUAUGUAGUAAUGGAGAAUUUCCACCAAGAAGUGUAUGUUGUAGAAACCGUUGUGUGGAUCUUACAAGUGAUAUAAAUAAUUGUGGAUUUUGUGGGUUUAGUUGUCCUUCAAAUAAUUGGCAUUGUUGUAAUCGUUUGUGUAUAAACACAAACUUUAGCCCUUUGAAUUGUGGUGGAUGUGGUAAUACAUGUCCUAUUGGAAGAUUAUGCUUACUUGGUACAUGUGCCUUUACACCACCGGCGGAGCCUACACCGGUAGUGCCCACACCGGCGGUGCCCACACCGGCACAGCCGGCACCAGUGCAGCCGACACCAGUACAGCCAGCACAACCACCACUUCUCCCUCCAGGGUUGCCGGAACAAAAAUCAUUGAAGAUGUCCAAUCACCAGCCUGAUCAAUAUCCUAAACACCCAAGUCCCGAUGGAGGACUGAGUGAUCGAAAUCAACUUAAUAAGAUUUUUGGUACAUACUUAGUUCCUAUUACAUUACAAAGCUCCACUGAAAAGUAA